AUGAGCAACUCUCGGUUAUUCCAGCCCUUCACCCUUGGGAAUCUCAAGCUCGGCCAUCGCAUGGGAUUGUGCCCUCUUACACGGUUCCGCGCGUCCGACGAGCAUGUGCCCCUCGAUAUUGUGACGGAUUACUACAGCCAGCGUGGUUCCGUGCCCGGCACUCUGCUUAUUAGCGAGGGCGUCUUCAUCUCACCAGCCGACGGCGGCUAUGCCAAUGUUCCCGGCAUAUACAAUCAGGAGCAGAUUGACGCGUGGCGCAAAGUCACGGAUGCAGUCCACGCCAAGGGCAGCUACAUCUUCUGCCAACUGUGGGCUCUUGGCCGCGCUGCCGACGCAGAGGUGGCCAAGCGUGAGGGCAUCACCAUUGUCAGCUCUGGCACGUUUCCCGUGGACUCUCACGCCGCGCAGCCCCAGCAACUAAGCCUCGACGACAUCCAGGCCAAGAUUGCCAACUACGUGAACGCCGCCAAGAACGCCAUUGCGGCCGGAUUUGACGGCGUUGAGCUCCACGGCGCCAACGGAUAUCUCAUCGAUCAGUUUAUUCAAGACCGCUGCAACCAGCGCGACGAUCAGUACGGCGGCAGCAUCGAGAACCGAUCCCGCUUUGCCGUCGAGGUUGUCAAGGCCGUUAGUGAAGCCGUCGGGCCGGAGAGAACAGGUAUUCGCUUCAGCCCAUGGAGCACCUAUAACGGCAUGCGAAUGGACGAUCCCAUCCCGCAGUUCUCGGACGUCAUUCGGAAGUUGGCCAAGUUCAACCUUGCCUAUCUGCACCUUGUCGAAUCCAGAAUUGCCGGCAACGCCGAUGUGGAAGCCUCGGAUAAGCUGACAUUCGCCUUCGAUCUUUGGAAUGGGCCUCUGCUGGUUGCCGGCGGCUUUAGACCGGAUUCCGCACGGCGCCUCGUAGACGAAGAACAUCCCGAAAAGGACAUAAUCGUCAUGUUUGGACGCUAUUUUAUCUCCACGCCAGACCUGCCAUUCAGGGUUCAGAAGGGCCUGGACCUCAACGCAUACAACCGCGACACGUUUUAUACGCCCAAGGAAGUGGUUGGCUACCUAGACUACCCUUUUAGCAAAGAAUUUCUCGAGCAAAAGCCAUGA